AUGGGCCAGGUUGAAGAUAAUAGGGGGCACACGAGGAGUUGGCAUCUUUGUUUCUUUUCUUUUUCUUUUUCCUCGUCUCCUGUAUUUUUUUCUUUUUUCCUCUUCCCCCUCUAUAUUCAUAUUCAUUCCUAUUCGUACUCGUAUUCUCAUCUAGGCUCUGGCUUCUGGUGUUGGUUCUUUCUUGUCUUGUCACCAUUUCUUAAUUUAUGGGAGGUUUUUUUUUCCCCUUUGCCUGUUCUUGAUUCCACACAAUAAGUUUCUGCUUUCGGUUCCAAAGUUUUCUCUGCUUCAUUUGGGGGAUAGGGAUGGACUGCAUUACGUUUGCUCUCUCCCCAUCCCUCUUGUCUCGUCUUGUCUGACUUGGCUCAUUCGGGCGGGUGGAGGAAGACUAGACGGGGGCGUUGAAUUGCUUUUAGUCUGCGUUGCUUUACUAUUUGCGGAUGGGUCGGCCAUUCUGGAUGGAUGAGUGUUUUUUUUUUUUGUAAGAAACCUAACUGGCUAGCUACCAUACGAUGUGAUAAAUAUU